AUGGAGGUCAAGUUAUGGAACGAUAAGCGGGAAAGAGAAAUGUAUGAGAAUUUCGCAGAGCUAUAUGCUAUCAUCAAAGCAACUGAGAAGCUCGAAAAAGCUUAUAUCCGUGAUCUGAUCUCUCCAUCAGAAUACGAAACUGAGUGUCAGAAGCUCAUUGUUCAUUUCAAGACACUAUCUGCUACGCUCAAAGACAUGGUUCCAAACAUCGAAAGAUUUGCUGAUACGUACAAGAUGGAUUGCUCAGCUGCGGUUUAUCGUCUUGUGACUUGCGGUGUUCCAGCUACUGUUGAGCAUCGAGCUGCUGCGAUUGCUUCUACUUCAAGCUCUGCUUCAGUUGUUGCUGAGUGUGUUCAGAAUUUCAUCACUUCCAUGGAUUCGCUGAAACUCAACAUGGUUGCUGUUGAUCAAGUGUAUCCGUUGUUGUCCGAUCUCUCGGCUUCUCUUAAUAAACUAAGCAUUUUGCCACCGGACUUUGAAGGGAAGAUCAAGAUGAAAGAGUGGCUUGGGAGGCUGUCUAAGAUGGGAGCUUCAGAUGAGCUCACUGAACAACAAGCAAGGCAACUUCACUUUGAUCUUGAGUCGUCAUACAACUCUUUCAUGGCUGCUUUGCCUAACGCUGGUAACUAA